AUGCAAGCAAACGCCCAUCUGGCGUGCUCCAUACUCCGUGCAACCGUAAACGACGUGGUCUACAAGAACUAUGGUCAGCCGGACUAUAACCAAGCAUUCACCAGUUUUAUACCACAAGAUCUCCUGGAUGCUAUUGGCAAAAAUGCCGAACUCGAGCGGCGGAAGUUUGCGACUUUGCCGGAAUAUAACAAGUGA